UUUUAUGUUGUAUUAAAGGAAAUAACAUUUUCAGUGACUUUUCUCAAUUUCCAAUUUUAUUUCUGAUGUCUUUUUUGUUUAGGGAUAUGAAUGAUUCAAAGAUUAAGUCUUUUGAACAUCUCUAUCUAGUAACUGAUGAUGUUCCAACAUAGUUCACUAUGUAGUGAACAGGGUGUGUGUUCCAGUCUCACCAUUUCUCUGUUUCUGUCAGAGAGAUGCUAGCUAACGUCACUUAAAACAGUCACCUACAUAAAUGCUAUAGUUUAUAAGUGUUGCUAGCUCUGUCUCUGUUGUGUAAAAAUAGCAGCUGCACAAGCUAAAGUUGCUAUGUAGCAUGUGGGUGCAAUGGCCUUCGCUGUUCUGUUCACUAAUGAGACCUCAUGGCCAUGGAGCUUUCUGAGGAGCGUCAUCAUCUGCAUUUACAGCAUGUCAGCGGAGGAUGAGACUUUCAGAAGGCUCUGCUACAUUCCUGUUUGCUGUAUAAAAGACCUAAUAGUCCCUCCAGUGGCACACAAUCAACCUGCUCAAGCUCAGAAGGACGCUAACCAAGACAGAAAAGCUAGCAGUGCUAAAAACUUCAAAAUUCAACCAUGAGAGGAAGCUGCUAUUCUCAGAAGACUCUAACAGUGAGCGGAUCGAGCAGGAUGCGGGUCCAGAGCCCUUCUCCAACUCGCUGCAGAGCUUCAUCGUCCUCCUCAGUGACACGUGGACGCACUGGUUUCCAAGGAGGUGCCGUGGAGAUUGGCACAGAGCUUCAUCAGCAUCAUGCUAAUGAGAAAGAGGAGAUGCAGAUACUUAAUGCGCGCUUUGCCGGCUAUAUUGAGAAAGUCCAGGCUCUGGAGCAGAGGAACGCGGCACUCAGGGAGGAGCUGCAGGUCCUACAAAGUCGAUACAAGGUGGGACCAGGGGGACUGGGUGAUGAGUAUGAGGCCAAAUUUAAGGAAAUGAAGGACCUGAUCGCAGCACUAACGGCUGCGAAAGGAGCGGCUGAUAUCGAGAGGGGAUAUGUGGAGGAAGAAGUGGAGCUCUGGACCAUGAAGCUGGAGGAAGAGCUUGCACUUAAAGAGGAGGCAGAGAUGAUUCUGCGUGAAUUCCGUGAGGACGUGGACAAUGCCACUCUGCAGAAGGCUGACCUGGAGAGACGUGUGGAGCAGUUGGUGGCUGAGAUCGAGUUCCUGAAGAAGCUACACAGUGAAGAAGUGGCCGAGCUAAUGAAGCAGAUCGAAGAAUCAAAGGUGACAGUGGAGCUCGACUCAGAUCGGCCCGAUUUGGCCGCUCACCUGCGCAAGACACGUGCUGACAUUGAAGCUGUCGCUGCACGCAACGUCCAGGAGGCUGAAAAGUGGUACAAAGGAAAAUUUGACACACUAAAGGAGAGUGCUGUCAAACGUGAAACCCAGAUGAGCAGCAUGAAAGAAGAGAUCAGCACCCUGAGCAGUGAAGUGUCUGAACUGCAGAACCAAAUUGAUGCCCUUAGGGCCAAAAAUGCCGCCCUGGAGCAGCAGCUGGAUGACAUGGAGAUGUCUCACUUGGACAAGGUGUCUGACUUGGAGGCUAUCAUCGCUCAGCUCGAGAACCAGCUGUGUGAAACCAAGAUGGAGAUGGCCAAAUAUCUUGCAGAUUACCAGGAGCUGCUUAAUAUCAAACUCAAGUUAGACGCAGAGAUCGCCACCUACAGGAAUCUUCUGGAAGGAGAAGAGAAACGACUUGGGAUCUCAGUCAGCGAGAGCACGGCAGGAACUUCUGCAGCUCCGUCAGCCGCAGUUGAAGAAUCUGCCUAAAACACUUAAUCAUGCAACAUACCCUCAUGCACACACACUGACUGCACCAUCAUUAACUAUGCCUCCUGAGAUGUCCUUCACCCAAAACCUGCUGUAACUGUGCUGAAUACAUCUUAA